AUAAUGUAAGAAGACGCAUUUCAAUUAAGCAAAGUAAAGUUGCAACUGCCAGUCCAAUCAUUUUUAUCCAAGGUGAAGCCAAACCAUGGCUGAAACGAAGGCACCAUCACCUAAUCCUCCAAAGAAAUCUGGCAGACUCUACUGCAAGGCAGUAUUUACUGGCUACAAGAGAGGGUUGCGCAAUCAGUAUGAACACACAGCUCUUCUACGAAUUGAUGGCGUAAACAAGAAAGAGGAGACCGAGUUCUACUUUGGCAAAAGAUGCGCAUAUGUUUACAAGGCAAAAAAUAAGACAGCCUGUCCAGGCCACAAAGAAGCAAGCAGACUGCGUGUCAUUUGGGGCAAGAUCACCCGUUCUCAUGGUAACAGUGGUGCUGUCAGGGCCAAGUUCAAGAAAAACCUGCCUGGCUCUGCCAUGGGCAAGAGAGUUCGAGUUAUGCUGUACCCAUCAAGGAUUUAGACUGUAAAUGCUGUGUACAAAGAAAAAAAAUACAGAAAAUACCAAAG